UACGACAUGGAAGGAAUGAAUGAACUUCUCAAGAAAGCCAAAGCCACUUAUUCCAUAUACAACAUGGUCCUUUGCAAGUAUCUCUACAGAAACAAAUCCAAAGAAUACUUCGAAGACAUCAUAAAUAAUAAGAACUUCCAGAUGGUUCCUUACAUGAAAGACUGUGGUGGGGAUAAGUACAACCCUAUCAACGAUAAACUACCUGGCUUGUUUUUCUACGCCAGCGUUGAACCUGACUCGCGGACUGGCCAGCCACAAAGUUUCACUUAUUUUGGCAACACGAGGUUUCUAGUUCCCGUUGAAACGAUGAUUGAUAAUUUGAACGUCAUGAAUUUGUACUUCUCUGACUUUUUUUGCCUUCAAAAUCCUAGAUACCACUACACAACUCUUGUGCUAACCAGAAGUCAGAGCUCAGCUGACAACUUCUGCACAAAGUAUCUACCCAAACUAUCCUGGCUCGACAACCCGUUUUUUUCAUUCGACCAAUCUCAAAAGACCUUCAAAGUUUCAAGCUCUACGAAUUGCCACGUUGAAAUUUUCUACACAGAUGUCAUCGAUAUUGCU